AUGUUUGACUUGCAAUCUUCAUCAUCUCCGCCUUCCUCUUUUCAUCAAAUCCUCCAUAAUCAACGGGAUUUAGAGUUCCUUCUUGCACAACUGAAAAUACUUGAACAACAAGAAGAUUCCUCCACUUCCAAUGAAAAUUCAAUCCAGCAAGAAGAAUGUACGAUCAACAACAAUGGUAACAAAAUGGUCGACGAUAAACUCAUGAAGAAAGAAAAGAACCUUCUCAAAUUAAAUGUUCGAGGAAUGAUUUUUGUGAUUGAAGAAAACUUGUGGAAGCUCACGGAUCAUGUUGAAAGAGAUAGCAUUGGCUCAACGGAAGAAUCAUCACCAUCCACCACAAAUUUAUUUUCUCUCUUGUUCAAUCAUCACAAACAAGCGAACAACCAACAAUCAACAACAUCAUCCGAGAAGGGACUUCCUAUUGAAGUUGAUUUGAAUGGAAAUAUCUUGCUAGAUCGUGACCCUAUUCGAUUUCAAAACAUGACGCAAUGUAUGAGAAUUUCACAUCAAGGAAUCGACACUCUCAAGAAGUAUUUGUCAAAAAAGAAUAUUAAUGAGCUAAUGCAGUUGAGAGAAGAGUGCAUGUUCUUUUCUUUGACAUUUCUUGUGAAUUGCAUUAAUCAAAUUAUAAUUGACUUCAAGCUGAAUCCGUUCGAUUUAUUAGUAGCUCAAGAAAGAUUGACGCUUUGUGAGCCUUUGAAAGAUAUGUUGCAAGAAAAUGAAAAACAUCAUUUGGAGAUGGUGACAAGAAAUGAUUCAGUUGCCAAUAAUGUGGCCGAAAAUAAUGACUUCUCCUCUUUAAAGGUUAACUUGCCACAAGACAACUCUACACACUUAUUACGAGAAGCCUACUCCAAAAUUAUUAAUUCGCAAGUUGUUUUUACGACUCAUUUGAGUUCAUGCAAAUUCAUCAUUGAGGAAUUACUGGAUUUUAAAGAGACAUUGUUUUUUGAGUUGGCACUUUCACAUCUCACAAAGACAUCAUCGCAAGACCAAGCUACCUCUGAGACUCAACAUGAUCAUUCUCAAAUAAUUAUCUUACUGGGUGGUGGUAAGGAAGUAUCUCUCAUGUUAAAAUACAUGAAAAAUGGAAAGGAGCUGAGCAGAGAGGAUUUUGCUUGGCUUGACUCGAACAGAGCUAUUACAACCCUAUCCUGCCAAUACUACAAUUUUGAAGAAUUUCAGUCUUAUGUGAAUAGAUGCUCUUUUCCUAAUUUGAGACCAAUCAUUGGGGAGGAAAACUGGAAAAUCAAAACUCAAGAGGAUAUUUUGAGAAGAGCGUUUGUUUCGCAUAGAGACUCUCCUCAACUGGAACGAGCAAGCAGUGCUUUGUUAAUUCCCAUGCUGAGUAUGCUCCCACAUUUCAAGCCAUGUUCAUUGUCUCCACAUCUAUCUGGAGACUCUCUUUUGUUUCAAGAUAUACCUAGUAAUACACUGCAUGGUCCAAUUUGUGAACCUCAUGUGGUUUCAUCCAUAGAAGAGUUUUUAUUUAAUUACCAUCAUUUCACAGAGGGUAUGCUGGAUGGCUUGGAUUGGUCCAAUGUCAUCAUGGCAGGUGGUAGUGUCUCAACAAUAAUUAAUAAGAUGCCAACCAUUAGAGAUAUUUCUUGCAGAUCAGUGCGUAGAACACCUCAACAGUUAAGAAACAAUAUUAGUUCAUUCAUUGAUAAGCCUGAACAAGCAGCAUCAAUUCAUUACCAUAGUAGAAGACACAAAUGGGACAAUCAUUACUCUGAUAUUGAUCUAUUUAUCUAUGGGUUAGAUGAGAAGGAUGCCAUUGAGAAAAUAAGACACAUCUUCGAAACAGUUAAAAGAAAUGUGUCGAGUGAAGAUGUCUUUAUUUGUCGAUCAAGCCAUGCCAUUACGUUCAAAACAAGCAAAAGAGAUGUCCAAAUUGUAUUAAGACUUUACUCAAACAUUGCUGAAGUAUUGGUAGGAUUUGACUUGGACAGUAGUUGUUUUGCGUUCGAUGGAAAGGAAGUGUACACCAGUCCUAGAGGAAAGCGUGCCAUCACACAAGGUUUUAACAUGGUAGACAUUGAUCGACAGUCGUACACCUAUGAAAAGAGGUUAUUCAAAUACUAUAUCUCGAGAGGAUACAAAAUACUUGUUCCAGGACAUAAUAAGGCCUUUAUAAGACGUGAAGGUCUCAUGCAUCCAAUUCAAGAAACUAUCACCAACAGAAUCAAACGAAUUCCACAACCAACUGUCAAUAAUUGUCGUGGAUUAGCUCUACUUUUAUUGAAUGAAAUUCGACUUCGCCAUAGCAUCAAUACAGCCAUUACCAUGUAUGCUGAAAAGCGCUUCAAUAGCUGUAUCGAUACACGUAUUGGAAUUGGUAAAGAGUAUCAUAAGGAUUGCUGGUUGAAUGAAUCUGAUUACUCUGGUUUUGUUUUUAUUGAACAAAAACAAAGACCGCCAUCUCAACAGUUCCAAUAUUUUCAGAAAUUCGAGAAAGCAAUGGAUGAGCGGCAAGCAGAACAUGUGAGACUAUUUGGCAAUGAAAAUUCUAAAUUGGAAUUUAAUAUUGUUUAUAAUUUGAACGAUUUGAAUUCGAACUUGUCAGACACAAAAAUAAGAUUUAGCUUUAUUACUGAAAAUCCAGGAAGACAAGAUAUGAUUGGAUCAUUCCAUCCUCAUUCGAGAAACUUUUACGAAGAUGCCUAUCUUCCUUAUCAUGAAUUGCUUACCAAGCGUUUUGAUCAGAAAAACUAUUUACCUAACUUUAUUCGAGAAAUUCCUGUCAUUUGGAUCAAUAAUCCUUACAACAAAAGUUAUUCCAAGUGGCAAUGGUAUCGACUUGACAAUAGAAAAAAACCUAUUUAUUGGAGACACUUCAAUUCUAAAUAUAGGAGAAAGAGGAGAAAUCCUUACUACGUUAGUGGUGAUUGCAAUAUUACUUCAUAUAGCCUGACAUUUAAGAACGUUGAAAGUGAAUAUCGAAAAGUGUUGAAUAAUGAAAUAUCUGGUGAGAAAACUGAAAUUGGAGUUGAUUUUAUCAAAUGGCGCUAUUAUGGAUAUACAAGAUUGAAGCGAGAGAUGACUUUUGAAUAUAUUUUGUAA